CGAGGAGUCUUAUUUUUAUUUUUAUUUUUUAAACAAAAAUACAGGACUUUUUUUUUUUGUACUUUCAUUGCAUAUAAAUGUUUUCACACCUGUGCUUCUGGCUAAUUGAAAUGCAGUAAUUGUGUUGUACAGAGACCAAAUCUGCUGUUGUGAUGAAUAAGAGAACAAGCCUACUUCUCAGGAAAUGCAUUUAUUUCACGUAAUAUUUUUGGAAUUUCACACAUUUACUGUUAUUGCAUUUUAAUGCAUUUUCCCAAAAAGUUCAUAGUCAGUUUAACAUUCAUGAAUGCAAGCUAUUUUAAGUCUCAUGGUAUCAUAAAUUCAGUUUGAACAUGUAAAAAAUGCCACUAGCACUUGUAAAAAAUACAUGAGAGAACAAUAUGAAAAAAAGACAACUAUGUAUUACAUUAGUAAAAAUUGUUACUAAACGCAAGAAUUGAAUUUUUGCAUGUAAGAAAUAAAUCUUUGUACAUUUUUUACAAGGCUUAUUUUAAUUUAACAAAAUGCAGUUUUACUUGUAAAAGUAAUUGUUAAAGCUUAAUUCAUUCUGUUCAUUCAGUUAAAAUGAAGUGGGAAAAGCCAUCAUUUCUUUUUAGAGAGAACUGAAAUCUUACAUACUGUAAUGUCAUUCUUAUGUACUAGUAAAAGUUGAACUUUGACAUAAUUUUGUACUAGUACUGAUAACAUUUUAAGUUACGCAUUCAAGUUUAGUUUCUGAUAGUAACAUUUGGAAGCUGAAACGCUUUUCUACAAUCCGCUCUGAGUGAGAAACGUUCACACACUCCCGGAACCAAGAAUCAGCUCCACAUUCCAGACGGACACAGUGGGAUCUGCGCGCUGUUGCCACAGGCAGCGCUUGGCGUUGUUGUGCUGCGCGUCUUUCGCUGCUUUUAGCUCCCAGCUGUUCCGUCUAAAAUCAGCCGUAUAGAAAGGAUGGAAUAUCGGGCUUCUAAAGCCCUGCACUGCGCUCCGCUUCUUUAGGAGCCAUACCUCGAAGACGUUUUCUAUAUAUAUAUAUAUAACUACAACUCGCGGGCGUAAUAACGUUACAUGUCUGACUAGCUAGCUACCGUUAGCUGGCGAGCAUGGACGGAAUUUCUUCGAGACGUUAACGCUGCUCCCCGCGAGUCCAUCUGUUUCGAGGAUCGACUGAGUGAACAUUUCUCUCAACAAGAGGAAAGAAACGUUAUGAAGCGGCUGUCUUGGAGUAAAUCGCCAUUAAAUUGCUGACUUAUUUGCACUGGGUGUUCACGCGACCCUCUUUUAAUGAAAAGCAAACUAUCUGAAAGACAUAAAUCCGUCGACGAACUACGCCAAGCUGGAUUUGAGGCUCACAGACAACAGUCCAGUUGAAAUACCAGGACAAAACUAACGCACAGCAUUGUGCUUCUGAGAGGACAAUCGAUUAAAUUCUCACUAUCUGAGCUACAAAACAACACACAUCUACAGUUAUUUAGGAGCCACUGAAUGUUUCUGUCAGCCAAAACAAUGAAACAGUGUGGUCGUAAACACAAUGUCGUGAUCGAGCCCAGGAGGACGUCCUGAGAUGUUUGACCAAGAGGAGGACUGCAGCUGUUUCGCCACCGAGGGUCUAUAAUGACGGAGAGAUGUCCUUUAGCCGAGAAGGCGAUGUCAGAGGGCUUUGCUCGGCUCAGGUUCAGAGACACUUCCCUGCUAAUCUGGCAGCAGCAGCAGCUGGAGCUCGAAAAGGCGCCGCCGUCUAACUACCUGAGCCGCAGCCAGAGCAGUUGGUACAGCCGCUACGGCAACCAGGCGGUCGUGGUGCGGGACAGAAACACACUAAGAGACCCCGAAAGUGGCUCCCGAGUUUGCUCUGUUAUGUAACAGUAUUACAGAUUUUUUUAUUACACUAAUCCCCGUCUAGAUUGUGAUCUGUGUUUAUAGGGUUGCUUCAUAUUUUGUAGACAGUGAACAAGCACACCUGGCGGAUCUCUUAGGGGUGUAGCGAUACACAUUUUCAGUGUCGAUACAAUUUUCACUUCUGAGGUCAAAAUUCGUAUUUUAUGGUAAUUUUUUUUUACCUUUUACAUACUGUAUGGAAAUUGUUACAACCUUAGUAGCCCAGGUAUUAAAGGGGAAUUAAAUCACAAUGAUACAUUAUAGAGAAACUUAAUGAAUUACUUUACAAUGGUGGUGGUAGUUAUAAUGUAGCGUAGGCCAUCAGCCAAGACGUUUGUCCAGAUUUUGCUUUAGUUUUAAGAGUUAUGAGGGCCACAAACGCUAAUGUUGCUAACAAACACUAGAAGUAAAUGGUCACCCAAAUCCUUUAUGUAAAUACAACCCUGAAACUCCUGUCCACCUACUCCAACUACCUUCAGGUCUCCAGUAAGGUUGCUCAGACUUGUCGAUGUGGUUUAGGAGACAGUGUGACUUACUGUUAGCUACUUAAAAAAAAUGAACAAAACUAAAAAAUUGCUGUGUGUCGCAUUACAGUGAAGGUUUGUUUAAGUCAUACUGUGCCCUAAAUCACAUUGAGAAGGAUGCAUGACCUUAAUGAAGAGGUGGAAGAGCCUUGAGAGAUGUUUUGGGGAUGUAUUUACUGCAAAGAUUUGACUUACUGUGAACCAUAAAAAAUGAGCAACACUUCAUGUCACUGAACAUAGCAGGGACGCAUGUUGAAGGUUUGUUCAGGCAGCCAUAAUAAUGACCUGGAUGCUGUUUGAACAUGUUGAGAGAAGUUUUAGGGAUGUAUUUACAGAAACAUUUCAGUGACUACUGACUUCUGGUGUUCGUUAACAAUUUUAGCCUUGCAGCUCCGAAACUAAAGAAGCUAAAUUUGGACACCAAACAUGUCUUGGCUGAACAUCUACUUUCUGGGGCAAGUGGAAAACAGCCAAACCAGUAGUUAUAAUGCUUCAGACGUCUGGUUCCUAUCACCACCACUGUGCACAAUUCUUACUGUGUAUUUUUGUCUGUAACAGAAUUUCACAUCAAACGUCUUUGAAUGACUUUGUUUACUUCUUAACCAUUUAAUUAUGCAGACAUUUUUCAAAAUCAGUGGAUUUCCCGUUUAAAGUUCCAGUACGUAUGACAUUUUAACUGGCUGUUUGCACUUAUUGUAGUGCUGUAAGAUCCUGGAUGAGAGCUGGCUUCACAGUCAAAAUAAUGAACUUUAGCUUGAAAUGAAUGUGAAAUUUGAAUAGACAUCAGCGGUACUUUUUGGCAGCUGUGUUUCAUGACCUUAAUGCAGUAUUUAACCCAAUAUAAGUAUUGGACACCCUCAAUAUAUGAAAUAAAAGUAUCUAGUGAGUGAA